UAACUCAAAUGUUAUUGAUGGAUUGUUGUGUAUCCUACAGAAGAAUCCCCAUUAUCAAAGCUUUACCCUCUGCGUUAAAGUCUGAAGGGAAUUCCAAGAGAUGGAUUAAAUUGGGUUUUGAGGGACGGAUUGGGAAAUGGAAUGAUAGGAGAUCGAUUCGAAAAGUGUCGAUUGCAGCAGCAAGUGCGGAAUCAAGUCAUUGUGGAUAUAGAAGUGUAGUAGAUUGGCCCCUUGAGCCCAAGUCUUCUGCUGGGAAAUUCCUCAGCAUUGUAUUGCAGAACCAGCGGUUCCUUUUCGAUCUUGCCGUGACCGAGCAAUUGAGUGAGUUAGCUUUAGAGAGGGAUGGAGCCAUUGCCCGCAAGCAACACAGUGAGGGUUCUCUAGAAUCCUGUCUUCACAAGAGGAUUGCUGAAUUGAAAGAGAACGAGUGCCAAGUUAUUGUUGAAGAUGUCAUGUACAUGCUUAUUGUUCACAAAUUCUCUGAGAUCCAAGUCACUAUGGUUCCAAGGCUCUCUAGAUGCAUCAAUCAUGGGAGAUUAGAGGGAUGGCCAUCAAAGGACAAGGAGCUCGAGUCCAUUUACAGCGUUGAAGUCCUGAAGAUGGUAAGGGAACAUGUUGCCACCAUCCUUGGUGGGAGAGGGAAACCUAAUGUCACUGAAAAUUGGGUCAUUAGGACAACCCAGUCGCAAAGACUUCAGCUUGGCCAAGUCUAUGCUGCCUCCAUUAUGUAUGGAUAUUUCUUGAAGUCUGCAUGCUUGAGACACAACCUGGAUCAGCGUCUAGCUCUGACCAACCAUGACCCUUCUCAUGGCCAUGGGAUCCAAGUUCCACAUUCAGAGUUCCACCACCAUGGAUUGGAGAGCCUUAAUGCUCUCAGCCACUCCUCAACUAAUACUUGGGCCACCUCAUUGUGUCAAGUGUCAGGGAAGCUUUCUAGGAAGCAGGAGAAGCUGUGUAGUUAUGUCACGGGGUUUGACACAGAGAUGUUGCACAGAUGUGGAAAAUUAAGAUCUCAAGAGACAGUGAAUCUAAUCAAGAAGCAAAGCUGUGCACUUUUUGGGGAUGGGAUGGGUGCCCUUGAGAGUGAUGAGGUGAUCGAAGUUACCUUUGCUAGCCUCAAGAGGUUAGCAUUGGAAGCUGUCGCUUUUGGUUCAUUCCUUUGGGAGGUGGAAGGAUAUGUUGACAGUGUGUAUAGGCUCAAGGAGAAUUGAUCAAAGAGAACAGUUUCAUAAAUUUAGGAACUGAGGUGGUGCUUGCAGGUGACUGGAAUACCCAAUAUAAAAUUAUUGAAAUAAAUUUCUUGAGCUGCUGGCUUCAAGGUGUAUGCCUCUCAGCCAACUUACAGUCAAAUGCAUAUACAGAGCAAUGCCACUAAAAUUUAGUGAGGAACCACUUGGAUGCCUUCAUUGUCCCUUUAUGAUCAUUUUGCUCAAGUGA